GGCCCUUUUUGGUUAUCUUGCUUUACACCCAAUUUUUUUUCUUCUCUCUCUUCCGCCUUUAGACCCCUCCUGUCAUUCCUUUUCCCUUCCACACACUUUUCUUAGAUCAUCCUUUUGCUCUCCUCUCUUAACCUAUCGACUUCUCUACCCACCCUUUUCUCCCCCUCCGUUGCCCUCCCUUUCCCUCAAAUCCCCUUCUUCUCUUUUCUUCGACGCUGUCUUCGUCUUCACUUUCCCGCCUGGUCCAAGUCCUUGGCUACCCUCCGCCAAGCUGACUCGGACCUGGGUGAUAGGCUCCCUUGUCCAUGCCACGUUCAUCGGCUACGGCUAGGAAGAGUCUCAGCAAUCGGCAGGAGAACGGCGUCGUCGGUGCCGGAAAGAAAGUGAAUAAGCAGAAAUCCAAUGGACAUCUAAACGGCAACGCUACCGGUGGCUCUGCAUCCAGCUCUGGCCCUUCCUCUCAAGUCGACUGGCCCGCGUCUCGUUCUUCCAGCGACUCCGCCAUCACCACCACCGUAGCGGCGGCUUCCAAGGCCAACGGAUCGACGGAUUGCUCGAAGCCCGACGGGACCGGACGUGGUCAGCUGAAUGGAUACGCCAAGGGCAACGCGGACAUGUCAUAUGGGCAGACAAACGGUGCGGUGCCGUCGAAUGGCGGCCUCGCAGGGCAAGGUUCGCGACGCGCGGAGAAGUCGGUGCUCGGCUCCAAGAGGUCCAACUCGACUGCCUCCAUCAAUCCCUUGCAGCUGGCCUCGACCAUCCUCAAGUCGUGUCCCAUGUACGACACCAUCGCUAUCCUGAUCUUCCUGUUGCAGCUGCCGCCUAUGGUGUUGACCCUGGUUCAAUUCUUGUUCGCCUCGUUGACCUUCAUGCCUCCCGGUGGCGCCUCUGCUGGCUCCUUGUCCUCCAACUUCGAUAUCUUCCAGGGCCCGGCCGGUACGCCGUCUCUCGGCACAAUGAUCGCGAUGGAUGGAUUCUUCCUGUUGUUCUGGGGGCUUUUCAUGUGGUCAUGGGCGCAGAAUUUUGCUCUCGACUUGGCCCAUGUCCAGGUUGCCAUCACGCUAGGAGGAGGAGGUUCUGGAAAGAAUGGAGGAGUGAAUGCUAUAUGUGUUGGCAUUGUUCUUAUUUUGCAUUUGAUUCGCAGUAAAGGUAUACAGGAUUUUGUGCUGGGUCACCUGCUCUCCGCCAAGAUCAUCAGUCCCGACCUACUAUCGCAGUAUUCCCAUCUUAUGCCCGCGGAGUUUCGGCGCACGGAAUCCCAGUCGUCGCCGAGCUGGAUACGGAGUUUGCUUGCGGUCCACAUUCUGGCACAAGCCGGCACCGCUAUGGCAAGACGCUCGAUGGCCAAGAACCGUUCUCCCGCUCCCUCUCGAACCGGCAAGCGUGUCGAUACCGAGGCUUCUGCCGGCUCGCAGACGAUCGAUUCGGCUUUCGAGUCGGGGGCGAGCAUGUCUUCGUAUAUCGGUGCCGACGGGCAACUCGUGACACCGGGAACGCACAAGGAUGGUAGGGAUCGAUUGAUUUCGGCAAAGAAACGCAGACGACAGGCAAACCAGGUUCGGAGUCGUCAGCCCUUCUGGGCGGCGCUCGCGAGUACAAAGGUUACGGUUAUGAGAGAAUAUGAACAUUCCAGGGCCUUGUCCAAGACCGCCCGCGGUCUUACAAUGACCGAGGACGACCUACAGGGCGUCUCUCUGGACGACGGACUCGUGUGGAUAACGGAGGUGGAUAGCUCUACGAUCAAGUUCGCGGCGGGCGAUUUUGCUUCCCUGGAGGAUUCCGGCGCUUCCGGAGCGUGCGAAGCUGGACGGCUCGGGGAUGAGGAGAUGGAGCCGUUUUAUGUUUGUGUCAAUGGCGCUCUUUGGGCCACUGCCACGAUCUGCAAAGUCCAAGAUGCCUCUAAGGGAUCAAGUGCGGUGCAUUGGCGCGGUGAGGUCUCCGGCCUUGCGCCCAAUUGUGCCUAUACUUGCUCCUUCGUACGAAGCGAUACCGACGAAGAGAUCUGUGUCAUGAGCGUUAAGACCCCUGUCGCCAAUGACGCAGAACAAGUCUCUUCGAUUUCCACCCCGCCGCAGCCAUCUUAUCGACCCUCGUCUCCCACGACCACGCUGAAGAACUCCAUCGUUAACGCCGAGUCCAAACUGAACGAAAAACGUUCUCGGUUAAGGAAGGCCAAGAAUGACCACAAAAUGGUCAUUUCCAAGAUCAAGAAAGAGCUGGACAACUACAACCAUCGACUUCAAAGCGGAACGGAUGAGAAUCGGCAGAAACAGCGCUCCCUGCAACUGGAAAGAAACAUCAAGCAAACGGAAGAAGCGACUGCUGCUCUCGAUAGUCAAUUGGAUACCUUGGAGAACAUCCCAGAGGAGGAAUAUGAAGAGUGGAAGGCACAGAAGGGCAAGUACGAACAUGAGCUUGAACUCCUUAAGCAGGCGAAAGAGGAUCUGGCUACCGCGCGAUCCACCGUUGCGCGUGACGUGUCGGCGCUGGAGUCCGAGCUGAACUCCACGAUCCAGAGACGGGAACGUCUCCAGGGUCGUCGUACUCGCGUCAACGAACAGUACGAGCGCAUUGUCUCGGCCAAUGCACAGGGUCUUAACGAGAGAGAACGCCGCGCGGCGGAGCAGUUUGCCAGAGAACAGGAUCAGGCGAAGCUGGAGGCCAACUUCAACGAACAGUUCGCGAGCAUCACUCAGUCUGUGCAGGAAUACCAGCUGCGCACCAACCAGCUCUGGCAGCAAUCGGCGACCAUCGAGCAAGCUAUCCAGCAACAGCAACAGCAAAUGCUCAUGGACUCGGCCCCGCUCACUCCCGAGGGCAACUUGCCGGGCACUAACCCGCUCAGCGAGGCCCCCAGCCUGUCCUCGGUGGCUCCCCUGACGACCAGUGCUCCCCACACCCGAUCGCUCCUCGGACUCAGCUUUCCCGCGUUGAAGUCCAGCCCGCUGCAGCACGCAUCGUCUCCUCUCGGUGCUUCUACCUCUCAUCCGACCAGCCCGACCCAACCACCGUCGUACCUGCAACACUUUUCGGCAUCUCCGCUCGGGCAAAGCAACAACAGCUUUCCCUUCGAAUCGGACUACAUCACCCGGGCCCGCUCGUUUUCGAACCGGUCCGGCAGCAGCCUCUUCGGCUCCGACUUCCUGGACUCGAACCGUCGCGCUCCGCUCCAUCUCGACCUCUCCGACAUCGCUACCGAGAAACGGAGCAACUCCGGAUCCGAGAGCAAUGGCUCCAACCUAGGCCUCCGACCCAUCUCGACCCCCUUUCAACGGGCCGUGAGUCGUACCAGCGGCAGCGGCAGCGGUGGGAGCGGUAGCGCCAGUGGCAGUCCCGGCUCGACCAGUGGGAGAGAGACAACUCGAUGAUUCCCUUUUCGAUUCGAGAAACGCAAAAAAACAACCUGUUGAAGAGGAGCGAGGCGCAUGAAGAAAAUAAAGCAUCAAAAGUGUUCGAUCGAUGCCGGUGUUCUGUUGUAAGUAGGGAGUUGUGCUGCGUUGCGUGUGACGGUGGGAGGUGGUUCCGAUUUUGGCUUGUGUCGAUUCUCAUCAUAUACGGCGAUGGAUUGUCUUGGAUACUGGGGGCCUCGCGUGAGGCUGCGUCCUGGUUUUGAGUCUUCGCCUGUGAUACAUACUGCGGUCAAUAUAUUCUUUUUGUCCUUGUAGAUUAUCGGUUUGGUAUGUUGAUUUGAAUUCGUAGACUUGUACUGGUAGAUCUCGGGAUAUACGGACUAGUUCUUGACGUUCUUGGGUGAGACGGGGAAAUAUGAGUUCUUAAGGUUUUUUCCUUCCUAUGGUUUUUUUUUUCCCCUUUGUCUUGUUUCUAUGCUUCUCCAUGCUCUUCUUUCUUUCAAUGUUUCUAUCUAUAUACAUGUAUAAUCCACCGAUCUUGGAUCGUGAAGUUAUAAGUAAUACCCAGAACCAGACCUAUCUAUCCCCAAUAUAAUCUAUCAUAACACCGAGCAUAUUAAUACAUACAGACCGUCUCCAUGGUCAGAAAAUUCAAAUGGUUGAAGUAAUAGGUAGGUAAGUAGGUAUCCAAUCUUGGAACAUCAGCUAGAUAUACCCAACUAGAUCCUUACCAUCGAGUUCACGUGAGAGGAGAGGAGGGGAGGUGUGGAAGGAUAAGGAUAAGGGAUUGGAAGAAUAUACAUCAAAUCUCCGUCCCCAUCUUCCAGAAAUGCGUAUUAGCAUACGUCAAACACAGCUCAUCAGCUGAGAACGACGUGUUCGUCUCCGCGUCCAUCCCACCAUGAUGGCCGUCCGGGGACAGCGCGCGGAUGACCCGCCCCACGACAAUGGUAUGAUCUGCCACGGUGACGUUCUGUGGAUGAAGCAGACACUCGAAGACGAAGGGGAAGGAGACAUCACUCUCCUUGGAUUUGGGGGUUGAUUUCCGUCGGAGUAACGGUAAAGGUAGCGGUGCGGGUGACGGUCGAGGCUUGCUGGUUUCUGUACUCGAGAUCUCGGCGCCUUCCCCCUUCGUGGAUGUCGAUAUCGAUGUAGAUAGCGUAGGCAUAUGCGGAACAAAUUCAAACUCGCUGUCCCCGCUAGCGAUCGACAAAUUAUGGUUACCGCGCGAGAAGUCCCGCGCUAGGGACGCGGGGACCUGAUCGGCCGCGAGCAGGUGGACGAGGAAGCGGCCGGAGGAUUGCAGCGCGGCGAGCGUCUCCGAGGGGUGACGGACGUUGAACGAGAUGAUGGGGUCGGGGCGCAGCGUGACGGUGUUGAAGGAGGAGACGGUCAUGCCGCGAAAGGCGCGCGGGGGGUUGUUGGGCUCGGAGGGGUCGGUGGAGGUGAUGAUGGCGACGGGGUAGGGGACGCGGCGCAUGAGGAGGCGGACUUGGUCGGGGAGAGAGGGGGUUUCGGUGGUGGUAGUGGUGGGUUGGUUGUUGUUCCUGCUGCUGCUGCUGAAGCAUCUGGUGGAUGUGCGGGAGCCGGUGACGUCGGAGGAGAGUGUUCGGAGAAGGAAUUGUGGCGGGAGAUUGAGAGAGGAUACGCGGAGGUUUGUGCACGGUAGACCUGCAUUGUACAUGAGCCUCACGCCGUAAUCGAUACGCAUUCGUGGAAGACACAUACCUGAUAGGUCCGCAAACCGGCCCGCAAGUCGCGGAGAAGCGAGGAGAUUCAUAGCGUAGAGGGAAGAGCUCAAAGGCUCAGGGAACGACAAGGCGAGAAACAAGACAAAGAGAGUAUGGACCGACAGCCACCAUCCUGAGAUUGCCGAAAGGAGUGAAGUCAAUUGCAGACCAUUCUGACCGAAGAGCGCCCGAGAUGAUUGUUCGAGAUGAAGCCGUAAGUUCAGAAGGA